AUGGGUAACAGCGAAGAAUCUGAUAAAUUGACAACAACUCAAGAAGAAAUUCAAAAAUUGGAUGAUAUUAGACAGGUUAUCGAAGAUGUUGAGAAUGGGCUGAGCCCAUCUUCAUUUGAUAAAAGUUGUUCUACUCCAUCUUGUAAAGAGUGUAUGGCAGUGUGCAACAUAAAACUUCCUUUUAACAACACAAAUUGUCAGUCAAAUUGCAAUAACUCUUCUUCAUGCAAAUCUGGUUGUGUAUUUUAUAACCAUAUUGCUGAAAAUAACAAAGUUUGCCUGAUAUAAAUUCUUCAUUUGAAGUAAUUUUGGAUCAAAAUCAUGAUGGUAAUCUCAUGUUUCAGUGGCCAGUCAUCUUUUCAAAAAGUUCAUUUAUUCAGAGUAUUUAUUUAAUUACUAUUACUGUAGUAAAUAAAGCCAACUCAACUGAGAGUGUGUUAGAUUUAGUGAGCAAAAAUAUUUUCAGCUUAAAGAAAGAUCUUGUUUGCAAUUCUUUGGAUAAAAUUAUUUCUGAGUUUCAACUAAAUGUUUAUCCUGUAAACUAUAAUGGGUACAGUGAAUCAUUAAAGAUUUCAUCAAUAAUUACAAAUUGUGCUGAUAUUUUAGGCUGUGAUGAAAAUAUUUGUGUUUAUUCCAAUAUAACAACUCAAGAUUGUGAAAAUAUUUUAAGUUAUGAUGAAGAUAUUUGUGUUAAUCCUAAUUCUACAUCAAAAUGUGCUUAUGUUUCAAGUUAUGAAGCAAAUUUUUGUGUUUAUUCCAACAUUACCAUUACUUCAAAUUUGACAAACAAUUCAAAAAAAAUAAUUUUGACUCAUGGCUCUUUCCUCGGAGAUUUGAAUAUUAUAUUGAAGGAGUACACUGUAUCUUUAAAUGAAAAAUCAGAAAAAUGCAAUCAGAGUUUAAAAAGUGUUUUUCAUUUAACUUUGGGUAGUGAAUUUGGAGUUUAUGGUGAUAAUAAUCAAGGCAUUUGGACCUACAAUGACAACUCCAUAGUUACUUUUACUACAGAUAAUCUUAAUGUCUCAUCCAUUAAAGCAAAUAAUCCUUAUAUGUUUGGCCAAUGGUACUUCAUUAGAGUACGUUUAAGUUUACAAGAUGGAUCCUUAUCAGAUCUACAAAUCAUUAAUGGAAAAGCUGAAUACCUUGUUGGUAAUAUCCCCACUUCCUUACUCAACAAUUAUGUUAUUGCUGAGAUACCAAUGCUGGAAAAGGAAUAUUUUAUUUCGUUUGAUGUUUAUCCUUACGAUUUUGGUUUUGAAGAACUUAAUAUUCUUUAUUUUCUUGCUAAUUUUAAUAGUUAUAUAGUUGGCAUUUGGUUUCAUGAGGAUGGUAGUGGCAGACUUAAAAUAUACACUCCUAUUAUUGAUGAUCAAGGUUUUAUUUCUUUCAUCACCAAUCCUAUUGGAAUCAAUGUAUGGUCAAACAUUGAAGUGUGUCAAAUUAUGAAAGAUACAUCUUAUAUAUUCACAAUCAAAAUUAACGGAGAACUUGUAUUUUCUAAAAUCAAUAAUCAAACCCAAAGCUUUGAUAAUGUGUAUGUUUAUGCUUCAGUUAAAUGGUUAAAUAUUUAUGAUUGCUUGAUAAAAAACUUGUUUAUAAUAAAUGGAAUUUCAAAUAGCAGUUUGCAACCUCUCAUUGUUCAACCUAAAGAUUAUGUUGAUAACAGAAAAGAAUUUCGUUUGGUUCAAGGUUUAUUUCUUGGAACUCUUAGAGUUUUAAAAAAGAUUUUCUCUGUGUCUUUUAAAGUAAAGCCAACAAAGUUCAUUAAAGGUAUAAAAAAUGUCCUUCAUUUAACGUUGGGUAAAAAUUUUGAAUUAUAUAGUUACAGAAGUCUAGGUGUUUGGUACCAUGAAGAUGGCUCUGGAAAGCUUGUCAUUGUUGUUUCAAUAAAUGGUAAUGCAAACUAUUAUAUUGAAACGCCUCCUCUUAGAUUAGGUGAAUGGUCAUUUGUUAAAGUAUGUCAAGAUUUUCAAGAGAGUAAAUAUUGGCUAUCUGUUGAUUUAAAUGGUUUAAAUAUUCAUAAAGUUGAAAAUUCUGAUCCUAGAAAUUUUAAAAACGUAAAGGUAUAUGCAUCUGAUCUUUGGUAUGAUGCUCAACAUGGUACCAUUGCAAAACUUUUAAUUGUCAAUGGAUCACCUGAGUACAUUGUUAGUAAUUCUCCCACUUCAUUAGUAAAGGGAAAAUUUGUAGCUGUGUUACCAAAGCUUGAGAAAGAAUAUUUAGUUUCAUUUGACCUUAUUCUUAAUAAGUUUGCUCCUGGAUUCCAUGGUGUUCUUUAUUUUUCUCUUGAUUCUGGUUAUGGAGUUUUAGGUGUUUGGCAUUACCAGGAGGGAGCAUUUUUAAUUGUUACUCCACUUAAUGGUUUCUUUGAUUUGAGCUUCGUUGGUAGUAAAUACUUCAUCACAAAACAAUAUGAAUUAUCAAUAUGGAUUAGCAUUGGAAUAGUUCAAGUUUUAAAAGGAAUGAAUUAUGUAUACACAAUCAGAAUAAAUGGAGAACAAGUCUUUUCUGAUAUUAACAAUCAUGCUCAAAGUGCGGAAAAUGUCAAAGUGUAUGUCUCUGACCCUUACGAUGAGGCUCAAGAUGGGUCAAUAAGAAACUUUUUUAUUAGCAACAGUAUUUCGAAUGGAAGCAUUGUACCAAUUAUUGUUCUUCCUACAGAUUUUAUUAACCAAAAAGAAGAAUUUAAUCUUACUCAAGGCUCUUUAAUUGGAACCCUUAAUAUUUUAAGGAAAGUAUACACUGUGUCUUUUAAUGUGAAACCCAGAAAUUAUACAAAAGGCAUGAAAAAUGUCCUUCAUUUAACAUUGGGUAAUAAUUUUGGAGCUUAUGGUGAUAGAAAUCCAGGUGUUUGGUUUCACGAAGAUGGUUCAGGAAAGCUUGUUAUUUUUGCAGCAGUGAGUGGAAAUGUUAGUUACUACAUUGAAACUCCUCCUCUCCCAUUAAAUCAGUGGACUUUUGUUAAAAUAUUUCAAAGUUUUAUGGACAGUAAAUAUUGGUUUUCUGUUGAUAUAAAUGGAAUUAAUAUUCAUAGAGUAGAAAAUUCUGAUGCGCGAAAUUUUACAAACAUAAAAGUGUAUGCCUCAGAUAUUUGGUAUGAUUGUCAAGAUGGUUCUAUCUCGGAUCUUUUAGUUAUAAAUGGUAAUGCUGAGUACCUUAUUGGUAAGCCUUUAACACAAUUAGUCAAAGGAAAGAUUAUUGUUGAAAUACCAACGCUUGAUAAAGAAUAUAUUGUGUCAUUAGACAUUUAUCCUAAUAACUUUAUUAGUGGAUGGCAUAACAUCAUUUCUUUCAUUGUUGGUGAUUAUACAUGUAGAGUUCCUGGUAUCUGGUCUCAUUUAGAUGGUGAUGGAAAACUUCAAAUUGCAGCUCCAGUUAAUAAUAACCUUUUUCAAUAUGUUAACACUAAACCAAUUAAAAUUAAAUUUUGGUCAAAUAUAGUUGUAAGUCAAGUUUUCAAAAAUAAUGCUUACAUAUAUUCAAUCAUGAUAAAUGGAGAAGUGAUUUAUUCCGAAAUUAACAACCAAACUCAAAGUUUUGAUAAGGUCAAAGUGUUUGCUUCUGAUCCAGCAUUUGAAGCUCAAGAUUGCUAUAUAAAAAACUUGUUUGUCAUCAAUGGAAUUUUAAACAAUGGAAUGCAGCCCAUUUUGGUUUCAGACUAUAUUUACAAUCGAGAAGAAUUUAGUCCAAUGCAAGGUUUAUUACUUAAUACACUCAAUGUUUUGAUGAAGGUGUAUACUGUGUCUUUUAAAAUUAAACCAACAAACUACACUAAAGGUUUAAAAAAUAUUCUUCAUUUAACUUUGGGGAAUGAUUUUGGUAGGUAUGGUGAUAGAAAUCCAGGUGUUUGGUUUCAUGAAGAUGGUUCUGGAAAACUUGUUAUUUUUGCUGCAGUGAGUGGUAAUGCUAGCUACUAUGUUGAAACUCCUCCUCUUAAAUUAAACCAAUGGUCUUCUGUUAAAAUACAUCAAAGUUUGAUAAAAAACAAAUAUUGGUUUUUUGUUAAUCUAAAUGGAGUGUAUAUUCAUAGAGUGGAAAAUUCUGAUGCCAGAGAUUUCAAAAACAUGAAAGUAUAUGCCUCUGAUUAUUGGUAUGAUGCUCAAAAUGGUUCAAUUACUGACUUACUUAUCAUCAAUGGAAAAACUGAGUACUUUGUUGAAAGUACCCCAUCAUCAUUAGUUAAAGAAAAAAUUAUUGCACAGAUACCAAAACUUGAUAAAGAGUAUUUUUUUUCAAUUGAUAUUUGUCCUAAUAACUUUGAGUUUGUAUGGCAAAAUGUAAUAAGUUUUGCUAUUGGUACUGAUAAUUUAAAUAAAAAAUACUGGUAUAGAAUUCAUUACAUAUUUUUUCAUAAAGAUGGUGAUGGAAAACUUCAAAUUGGAAUUCCAACUAAUGGCAAGCUUAAUUGGGUUUACAACACAAGACCUGUUAAAUUACAUGUAUGUUCGAACGUAAUAGUUAGCCAAAUGUUUAAUGGCUCAGUAUAUAUGUUCAGAAUCAAUGUGAAUGGUGAAGUCAUUUUUUCUGAAAUAAACAACCAAUCUCAAAGUUUUAGUAACGUCACUGUAUUUGCAUCAGAUCCAGCAUUUGAUGCUGCAAAUUGUUUAAUCAAAAACUUUUUUCUUAUUAAUGGCAUCUCAAAAAGUGAAAUGCGACCCAUUGCUCUUCUUCCAGCAGAUUAUAUUGACUCAAAAAAAGAGUUAAAUUUGAAUUCCAGUUCUUUGCUUGGAACACUUAAUGUUUUGAUGAAGGUUUAUACAAUAUUUUUUUAUGUGAAACCGAUCACUUAUACUAAAGGUUUAAAAUAUGUUCUUAGUUUAACAUUGGAAAAAGAUUUUGAUGAUUUAAAUCAAGGUAUUUGGUUUCAUGAAAAUGGGUCUGGGAAACUUGUUAUUUUUUCUGCAAUAAGUGGUAAUACUACAUACUAUAUAGAAACAGCUCCUCUCACAUUAGGUGAAUGGUCAUCUGUUAAAAUAUGUCAAAGUUUUUCCAAAAGUAAAUACUGGUGGUCCGUUGAUUUAAAUGGAUUCAAUAUUUAUAAAGUUGAAAAUUCUGAUGCUAAAGAUUUUAACAAUAUGAAAGUUUAUGCUUCUGAUCAUUUGCCUGAUGCUCAAAAUGGUUUCAUCAAAAAUAUUUUGAUCAUCAAUGGAAAAAUGGAGUCUCUUGUUGAUCAAAAUCCAAUAUCAUUAGUGAAAGGUAGGUUUAUAGCAGAGAUUCCGCAGCUUGAUAAAGAAUUUUUUAUAUCAUUUGAUGUUAAUCCUACUAAAUUUGUUGCAGGAAGACAUAGUAUUGUUCAUUUUUUAAUUGGUUCUGAUAGUUAUGCUUUUAGCAUCUGGUUUCAUGAAGAUGGUGAUGGAAAACUUCUGAUUUAUACUCCAUUUAUGAACUAUAAAGGUUACAUGGGGUACAUAACAAAUUCAAUUGGAUUAAAUUUGUGGUCAAAUAUUAAAAUAUGUCAAUUUUUACAAGGUGCAGUUUAUGAGUACAAAAUUAGUAUAAAUGAGCAAGUUGUUUAUUCCAAUAUUAACAACCAAUCUCAAAGUUUUAAUAAUGUUAAAGUAUAUGCCUCAAAUCCAUGGUCUGAAGCUCAAGACGGAAUGAUUAAAAACUUAAUUGUCAUCAAUGGAAUUUUAAAUAGCAGCUUGGAACCUAUUGUUGUUCUUCCUGCAGAUUUUAUCAGUCAAAGAAAAGAAUUAAUUUUGAAUAGAGGUGUAUUUCUUGGAACUGUUAUUGUUUUGAUGAAGGGGUAUACUGUAUCUUUUAAUAUAAAGCCCUUAACUUACAAUAAAGUUCUAAACAAUGUUGUUCAUUUGACUUUGGAAAAUGAUUUUGGAGCUUAUGGUGAUAGAAAUCUAGGUGUUUGGUUUUGUGAAGAUGGCUCUGGUUGUCUUGUCAUUUGUGCAGUAGUAAAUGGUAAUGCUUCAUACUGUAUUGAAACAACUCCUCUCAUCUUAAAUAAAUGGUCUUCAGUUAAAAUUUAUCAAAGUAUGCAAGGUGAAAAGUAUUGGUUUUCUGUCGAUUUAAAUGGAGUUAAUAUUCAUAGAGUUGAAAAUUCUGAUGCUAAAGAUUUCAAAAAUAUGAAAGUUUAUGCUUCUGAUCCUUGGUACAAUGCUCAAAAUGGUUCCAUCACAAAUCUUAUGAUCGUCAAUGGAAAAGUAGAUUAUAUUGUCAAUGAUAUACCAACAAAAAUAAUAAAAGGAAAAAUUUUUGGUGUGAUACCAAAGCUUGAAAAAGAAUUCUUGAUUUCACUUGAUGUUUUUCCUUAUAUGUUUGAUCUUGGAUGGCAUAAUCUUAUUCAUUUUACUAUUGGUUCAGACAACGAUCGUUAUGGAGAUAGAGUUCCUUCUAUUUCUUUUUUUGAAAAUGGAAAUCUUCAAAUUGCAGCUUCAAUCAAUGGUUACAAUAGUUGGUAUUUCAACUUGGAACCGAUUGGAGUAAAUCAAUGGACAAACAUUGAAGUAAGUCAAAUUUAUAAAGGCUCAUUUUAUUUAUACACAAUCAGAAUAAAUGGAAAUGUAAUCUAUUCUGUUAACAACAACCAAUCGGAGUGUUUUGAGGAUGUGAAGAUAUAUGCAUCAGAUCCAUGGUCUGAAGCUCAAAAUGGCUCAAUCAAAAGCUUUUUUAUUAUCAAUGGCAUUUCAAAUAGUAGCAUCCAGCCUAUUGUUAAUUUUACUAAAGUGAUGUUGUUCUCACAAAAUUCUCAAGACGUGUCACCAUCUUUAUCAUCUGUAAACAACAAACUCUACAUAAUCAUAGUUGCGAUAUUGGCUCCAGUUUUAUUUUUUCUAACUAUAUCUGUUGUUGUUGUUGUUUUGAGAAUUCAUAGAAAAAAAGUUAAAUCUCUGCAAUCAAUAUGGAGACCUGAAAUUCAUAAAAUUGAAAACUGCAUUGGUUUUGAUUUAUUACCAAAAGAUGAUUGGGAGAUUUUCCCUGAAAGUAUCAGUUUAGAAAAUAAAAUUGGCGAAGGAGCUUUUGGUACUGUCUUUGUAGCUAAAAUAAGUGUAAAGGAUAUUUCUAAAACAGGGAAAGCUAACCAUAAAUCAUUUAUGUUUGAUAUCAAAGAAGAUUCUGUUAUUAAUGUUGCUGUGAAACUUUUGAAAGAUGGUGCUAACCAAUCAGAGUUGGAUGAUUUUCAAGAGGAAAUCAGUCUUAUGAAAGGAAUUGGAUAUCAUAAAAAUAUUGUGAAUAUGAUUGGUUGCUCUACAAUUAAAAAACCAUUAUGUUUGAUUGUUGAGUUUAUGGAGAACGGAGAUUUAUUGCAGUUUUUGAGAAACAAGCGAUCCAAACUUUGUACAUCCAAACUUAAUGGAGAGUCAGCAGUAAACUUUAUGUAUACCCAAAGCUAUCAACAAACUCUUGAGACAACAAUAAGUGAGAACUGCACUACUGAAUGUAUGCCCUAUGAGAUUCCUCUAGAUAAAAUUGGUUUAAUAACACCCAAUGAUCUGAUCAGUUUUGCGUGGCAAGUUGCAGCAGGAAUGGAAUUUCUUUCAUGUAAUAAAUUGGUACAUCGAGAUCUUGCUGCAAGAAAUAUAUUGGUAGGUGCUGAGAAAAAUUUAAAAAUAUCUGACUUUGGACUUACACGUAGAGUCAAUGACGAAUUGAAUUACAUGAGCAAUAAAAAUCGUCGAUUACCAAUAAAGUGGAUGUCAGUUGAAGCCAUAUUUGAUCAAAUAUUCACAGCGUGCAGUGAUGUGUGGUCUUAUGGCAUACUUUUAUUUGAAAUUGUUACGCUGGGAGGUACUCCUUAUCCCAGUAUAAAUAAUCGGGAGCUUCUUACUCUUUUAAAGUCUGGCUACAGAAUGGAUCGACCAGAAAAUUGUUCUGAACCAAUGUACGAUAUAAUGCUGCACUGCUGGAAUGAAGAUCCAUUACAACGACCUACUUUUACAGAAUUACGUGAGCGUUUCGAUAAAAUAAUGUCUCAAGGUGAUUCUUAUUUGAGCUUCGAUAUUGACGAAAAGAAUGUUUACUAUAACGCUGCAUCGUUUAACAGUCUACCUGCUGAAACAGAUGAUGUUGCAUUGGAGGAAGAUAUUUUUCAAAAACCUGUUUACAUUAAAUCAGUUGAAGAAAUUAAAAAAUCAACUGAGGAAAAAUUAUCUUCAUUGAAUGAAAGAUACACGAAUCAGCUAUCUACAUUGUGUAAAGAAUUGUGCAAUUAGUUUCUACAGCUAUCUACAUUGUGUGAAGAAUUGUGCAAUUAGUUUCUACAGCUAUCUACAUUGUGUGAAGAAUUGUGCAAUUAGUUUCUUAUUAUUUAUUUCUUGAUUUUUUUUUUUUUUAAAUUAAAAAUUAAUUGAGAAAUUUUUUAGUAUUAUUAUUUUUGCACUAUUUAAACAGAUAUAAAUUGAUGUGUAUAAUAAUAAACUUUAUUUAUUGUUUUAAAUUUAUAAAUAUAACUUAAAUGUAUAAUUUAUUUAUUUAGUAUAUUUGUAUGCUAAUAUAUUUAUA